AAAUAAAAGUGUAAAACAUGAAGUCAUGUUACCCUCCAGAAAGAUUACAUCAAUGUAUAUUCCCAGAACAUCAUUCUCAUCUUCUCGGAACUGGGGAGUGAUUUAAGUGUAUGAAUUCACUCAUCAAAUAUGUAUUGAUGGCUUACUGUCUGGCUUUUUUGCCUCUCAUGGGUCCCUCCCCGAGGAUCCACACCCACAUCCAAUCUUGGGCUCUCACCCCCUAAACCCAAACUUUGCCAAGUUCCUGGCACCUGCUUCAGCUGCUGAGUGGACUCCACUCAGCUCCCCCAAAAGUCCUGCCUGCUGAUCAGUCACCAAGCCACCUGUCCUCCUUUUCUUUCUGCCUUUCUUUUGUGGUGGGAGUAACCAUGGCCUGGAGUUUCCAAGAGAAAGCCCAGCUUGGGGGACUGCUCCUCUCUCUGCUUGGCUGGGUCUGUUCAUGUGUCACCAACGUCCUGCCCCAAUGGAAAACUCUCAAUCUGGAGCUGAACGAAAUGGAGACCUGGAUCAUAGGACUUUGGGAGGUCUGCGUAGAUCAGGAGGAAGUUGCCACUGUGUGUAAGGCCUUUGAGUCCUUUUCGUCUCUGCCCCUGGAGCUCCAGGCAUCCCGCAUCCUCAUGGUAGCCUCCCAUGGGCUGGGACUACUGGGGCUUCUGCUGACUGCUUUGGGGGCCCAAUGCUUCCAGUUUCACAGGAUCAGAUGGGUAUUUCAGAGGUGGCUUUGCCUCCUGGAAGGGACUUUGGAGGCAUCAGCUUUGGCCACUCCCCUCUUUCCAGUCUCCUGGGUGGCCUACGCCACAGUCCAAGACUUCUGGGAUGACAGUGUCCCUGAGAUUGUGCCUUGGUGGGAGUUUGGAGAUGCCCUCUGCCUGGGCUGGGCUGCUGUUGUUUUCCUGGCCCUGUUACUCCUCAUCUUCUCGGCCUGCCUGGGAAAAGAAGAUGUGCCCUCUGUCCAGAUGGCCGUCCCUACAGCAGCCUCACCAUCCUGUGCUCCAGCAGAGGAGUCCGAUCGCUCGUCCUACCUAAUGCCAAGACCUAGGAUCCCGUUCAUCUAG